CAGAGGAAAUCUAAAAUCUCAGCGUCGCGCAAGCUCAUGCUGAAGAGCUUGAUGGUCGCCAGGGCCAAAGAGGAGCUGGAGCAAGAGCUGGAGGAAAAAGAGGAGCAGAAGGCAAAGUACCUGGAAGAAAAAUCUCCUCCUUUACAGACCGGGGGCAUGUCCUUAGCAGAGCUACAGAAGUUAUGUGAAGAGCUGCAUGCCAAAAUCGAUGUGGUGGACGAGGAGCGGUACGAUAUUGAAGCCAAAGUCUUGCACAACAACAGAGAGAUCAAAGACCUAAACAUCAAGGUACUGGACCUGCGAGGGAAGUUUAAGAGACCCAACCUGAGGAGGGUUAGAGUCUCUGCUGACGCCAUCCUGCGCUCACUGCUGGGCUCCAAGCACAAGGUCUCUUUGGACCUGCGAGCUAAUCUUAAAUCAGUCAAGAAGGAGGACACGGAGAAGGAGAAGACGGUGGAGGUGAGCGACUGGAGGAAGAAUGUGGAGGCCAUGUCGGGCAUGGAGGGCCGCAAGAAGAUGUUUGACGCGGCGAAGGGCCCCAGCCAGUAAAGGAAUGAUUGAAGAAACAGCUGGCUUUCAUCUCAUGUCUAACACAGUCACAAAACAUGUCAAUAAGCUCUCCACAGGGUCACAGAGACGUCUCUC